GGCUGGAAGGUUCUGGGGGUGGCAGUAUAAAAUGUAACCUCAUUAAGAAAAAUGAAACAUAACCAGAGCUGCUGUCAGACACCUCCCAGUGUCACUGUGCAUAUCAAAUCAAGUGCAUCCCGAUCCUACAAGCAAAAAAAAACACUUUGCCUUAAACGUCCUAAAUUUAAAGACAGUCAAGAUACCUGUGGGAAAAACAUUAAUAAUAACAAGCCAAAAGGUUCAUGUCUAAUUAUUCAGCGUCAAGAUAUGACAGCAUUCUUUAAACUAUUUGAUGAUGAUUUAAUUCAAGAUUUCUUGUGGAUGGAUCGCUGCUGUAAAAUUGCAGACAAGUACCUUUUGGCAAUGACUUUUGUUUAUUUCAAGAGAGCCGGCUACAGUAUAAACGAACAUACCAGGCUCAAUUUCUUUGUUGCUCUGUAUCUGGCAAAUACAGUUGAAGAAGAUGAUGAAGAGUCAAAAUAUGAGAUUUUUCCAUGGGCUUUAGGAAAAACCUGGCGGAAGCUCUUCCCAAAUUUCUUAGUUCUAAGGGAUGAACUCUGGAGCAAGAUGGACUACAGGGCUAUUGUGAGCAGACGCUGUUGUGAAGAGGUAAUGGCUAUUGCCUCAACACAUUACAUAUGGCAGCGGGAACGCUCAAUCCAUCAUAGCGGAGCUACAAGAAACAACCGUCAUAAUGGAGUACAGCUGCCUCAAGGACCUAAUGCCACACCGGCAGACUGUUUUCUUUGUGGAAAAAAACCAAGAUCUAUAAGGUUGGGAUUGUCUUCCUCUUCUUCAAAUGGUACUCUGGAAAUGAUGGAGCAACACAUACCUCAGGGAAUGCAAGACUCUCUUCCAACUGAUAAAAUCCUUCUUGAGCCACCUCCUCACUGUCAUCUUCAAGACUGUAACAAGCCAAACAAAGGAAAGAAUAUCUACACAAAUAAAGAUAAAUCCAUGGACUGGUUUACUGGAAAUGAAGAAUAGAAAACUCUUCAGCCAACAAGUUAGGAAAUUACUGGGAAAUGCAAGCUAU